AUGUGUGUUGUCGGUGCUGUAGGCUUUUUUGUUGUGAAGAAAAAGAGCGCUGCUGGUGUUGCAGCGGCAGCUGGAAUGCGUGAUGAUGUAAUCACCACCGCAAAACCUAUGGAUCCAACGCCGGAAGCUAAUGCAAAUAUUUCAACACCAUCAACUGGGACGGACUCACAGGGAAUGGACACAAGUAAGAGUGGUUCCAAAAAAAAAGAAAAGAAAGGUAGUAAACGGAAGAAACAGAAGAAACAGUGA